UCUGGCUGGAUAAGGUGACGGAUGCGGGGUGGGGGGGCAGCCGUGGUAUCCUUCCCCCUGCCCCUCGCCCGCGUGAGUGCCUGGGUCCUUCAGCCGCCGCCGCAUCUCUGCCUCCGUCCCCCACUCGGAGCCUGCAGCUUUCGCUUUCCUGUGGGGCGAGAGGCCGCCGGGCCUGCUCUCCGUCUCUCUCUUUCAACGCCAUCCUCCCGUCUUCACCCGGCAGGGCCGAGGAGCAUCUCGGGUCUCCGGUGAAAAUCGGGAACCUGGACCACCCCCUCGGCGGCUUGGGCCCGAAGCCUUCAGUCCGGGGGAAUUCUCCACCCUUUCUCCCCCCCCGCCCCCCGCGCGCCUUAAUUCUGCCCCACAGACAAUGAAAGAAUUCUAAUGGGUGCACUAUUCUGAAAUUCGGUUUUGCUGGAUGCCAUUAUGGAUGAACAGCAAGCUUUGAAUUCAAUCAUGCAGGAUUUGGCAGUUCUUCAUAAGGCAAGUCGUCCUGCUUUGCCGCUUCAAGAAAUGGGAAAGGGAAAGUUAACUUCACCCAAAAAGCAGAAUGAUGUACGAGUCAAAUUUGAACAUCGAGGAGAAAAAAGAAUCCUACAGUUUUCUAGACCUAUCAAGCUAGAAGAUCUUGCAUCAAAAGCUAAAGUUGCCUUUGGACAGUCCAUGAAUUUGUAUUACAGCAAUAAUGAGCUGGUAAUUCCAUUAGCUAUCCAGGAUGAUCUGGACAAAGCUGUGGAGCUCCUUGAUCGCAGUGUUCACAUAAAGAGCCUCAAGAUACUGCUUGUUGCUCAUGGAAACACACAGAAUAACAUGGAUCCCUUGUCAUCAUUAGAAGAUUUGGAUAAUACAGUUUUCAGAGUAACAGAAAAGAAAAACAGGAAUUCUGUAAUAGGCUAUACUCGUGACAGCAGUUCUCCACCUCCAGGAUACAUUCCAGAUGAUCAUGUGGCACGGAAUGGAUCUUUCACUAGUAUCAACAGUGAGGGCGAGUUCAUUCCAGAAAAAGACUUAAUGUUGGAUCCAUUAUCACUGAGUAGCCCUGAAAAUUCUGGCUCGGGGAGUUGCCCUUCACUUGAUAGCCCUUUAGAUGGAGAGAACUACCCUAAGUCCCGGAUGCCAAGAGCUCAGAGCUAUCCUGAUAACCAUCAAGAAUUCUCUGGAGCAAAUAUUCUUCGUGACUCUGCAGGCAAUGUUAAGUUAGGUGAUUUUGGUGCCAGCAAACGGCUUCAAACAAUUUGUCUAUCUGGUACCGGAAUGAAGUCUGCUACAGGAACUCCAUACUGGAUGAGUCCAGAAGUGAUUAGUGGGGAAGGAUAUGGAAGAAAAGCAGAUAUUUGGAGUGUAGGCUGUACAGUUGUUGAAAUGCUUACUGAGAAGCCACCUUGGGCAGAAUUUGAAGCAAUGGCUGCCAUUUUUAAAAUUGCCACACAGCCAACCAAUCCCCAGCUGCCACCUCACGUCUCAGACUACGGUCGGGAUUUUCUAAAGCGGAUAUUUACUGAGGCUAAGUUGCGACCAUCUGCAGAUGAACUGCUGAGACAUACAUUUGCACAUUAUCACUGAUGGCCUGCCUCAAUCCCUCUCACCUACUGCAUUUUUUACUGCACUUUUUUUUAUACAGAGUUGAAAAAAGACAAGGGAGAAAUUAUUUCUCUUGAUUCUUUCUUUCAUAUAAAAUUGUUAAGAUCUCUCUGCAUAUUUAGAAUGCAGAUUUUUUCCCAUUUAAAUCUCUUUUGUUUCAGUAAUGUACUGAUGUGGUUUGCAUAAAGCACUUUAGUACAUAUUCAUUCCUUAUUUAAAGGGGUAAAGAAUUUAUUUGGACCAUCAGGAAUCAUGUAUAAGAUUUUCCCCAUCCCUAUUCCCUGGCAAGCACUGCUAAUUAACUCCCAAGGCUGGGAAGGUACACGUCACUAGCAGAUUCAGAAAAGCAGUAUAUAUCCAGUGGUUGCAGUGUAUAAAUAGAUAACAAAGAGCUCUCAAUUAUAUUUGAGCUUUGAAAUAAGUUUCAUCUGUGAUUCUGGAAAUUCAUUUAGAAGCUAGAAUCUCAGGUUGCUGAGCAAGGUACAUUUUGGAAAAUAAACCAUCAUAUUAGCACAAAAAUGUAAACCAAAUAAGUGUUCUGCUUUGAAAGAUAAGAAGCCUGUUGUUUAAUAGUGCUAGUGCAUUAAUGUUGUAUAUCCAGAAUCAUAGAUAAACAGUUUGCUGUAGUAUCAGACUUCUCUAAAGUUAAACAAUGCCCACAUAUCAUGCAACAUACUGAUUUUCAGGGUUGGAAACAGAGUUGAUCUGUGAGGAGUCUCUAAUGGGUAAAAUGAAGUUUAUUUCAUGCAGCAUAAUUCUGUUCAUAUUAAGAAUAUGUUCCAUAUUCUUUCUUCUGUCCCAAUUAUUCUUCUGAUUCCCUAAAAUAUUUUAUAAGAUCCAGGAUUUUUUUUCUAUUAGUUUUAUCAUAAAAUACUUAAGGUAGAAUUGGCAGGAGUGUCAAAAAUACAGUUUCUCCUUCUGUUGCUGCUGAACUGAAUUUUGUGUCUGAGAUGCAUAUUUUAUUUGUCAAACCUCCUUUGCAUAAUCUGACUAACUUGCACUGGAUUGACUGUGUAGAAUUAACUUUGCGGGUUGCAAAUGCCUUACUAAUUUGCAUUGGAAAAGCAAGUUUGGUAGAAUGAGAUCUGGAAGCUCCCAUGUGUAUCUAUACUAUAUAAUUCAGUUACAGGUGAAGAAGAAGGAAUAUGUAAUACAGAUAGAAAAAAAAAGACCUUUUCACUCCCAGUUGUUUUUUUAAUGUAUUUAUUUAGAUAUUUUACUUUUGAUUUAAAUAAUAAUAAAGGAAUAAUCAGAUGUGGGAUUAUUGUCCCAAUUGUUUCAACCCAUAUUUGGACAUCUUAAUACAAUAGAACUGUAGAAUGUAUGUUUGCUGACUGGCCCUUUAGGAUAUGUCUAGCACCAAACAAUAAAAGUAAUUGGAAAAUGGGAAAGAUGCUUCCAUUUUUCAGAAGUAAACAUUACUAUUAAUUGUUGUAAACAUUACUAUUGUUUCCUAGGCUUUCUGCAAAAUGUCCAAAGCAAGUCAAAUUGUACAAAGAUAGAUACUAUAAUAAUGCUAUUAAAUCUGACCAACAAUUACAUAUAAAACAUAAGUUAC